AUGGCGCAUCCCUCGUUUCUGGGCCUGGAGGGUCUGCAUGUCUUUGUGACUGAGGCUGCCAGUCCCGUUGGCAAACAGGCAGUCCAAGAAUUUCUCCACCACGGCUGCAAGGUCUCGGCUUUUGAUUCCAACCGACCGGAUCCCAAACGGUCAGAUUCCAGGCCAGAUCCCAACCAGCCAAACACACCUACAGAAACAUACGCACGUCUGAACACCCUGCAAGGCAACGGGUCCGACGAAGAGUCCGUUCGCUCUAGCAUCGCCCUGGCCGGCAAGCGCUUUGGACCGAUUAACAUCCUACUCGUGAAUGCGGACUGCCCCGCUGCAAGGAGCCACUCUCCCAUCUGGGACCUCCCCCUGAAGACAUGGGAGGAGGUCCACCGCGUGACUGUGCGGGGGCCGUUUCUAGCCGUGAAGCACUUUCUGCGGGAGGCCCAGACGGCGCAGCGAAGUCUGGGUAAAGAGCUCGAGAAUCUGGCGGUUGUUGUGGUUGGAGGUGAGGCGGGGUUGGUGCAGAGCGUGAAGGACGAUAUCGUCCGGUUGAAUGGUAAUGCUCGGAUCAAUGCUGUUGGCCUGGAUGAGCGGAAUGCCGCACGGCCGGAGGAUGUCGCCCGGACGGUGGUUUUCCUUGCUUCUCAUCGUGCUGCGGGAAAUAUCUCGGGUCAGUGCCUGGGUAUCAACGGGGCGAGCACCAGUACGGUCACGGGCCCUCAGACGACUCAAUCAAUUCCCGCGGCGUUGUCGGCCCCCAAGCGGAAUAAGAUCCGGAUUGCCGUGUCGAUUGACCUGGACGCGGUCUCCGGCUGGCUGGGCACGGGUCACCAUCCCGACAAUGUUUUGGCAGACUAUUCGUCCGGCUUUUUUGCCGCCCAAGUGGGCGUGCCUCGUCUGCUGAAGAUGCUGAAGAAGCUAGAUCUGGCGGACCGCUGCACAUGGUUCAUCCCAGGUCACUCCGCGGAGAGCUUCCCAGCGGAGGUGAAAGAGGUGGUCGACUCGGGAUGCGAGAUUGGGUUGCACGGGUAUGCUCAUGAAGGAGCGUACCAGAUGACUCCCGAUCAGGAACGGGAUGUGCUCGUCCGCUGCAUCGACCUCGCCACCAAGCUGACGGGCAAGAAGCCGGUCGGGUACCGGGCGCCGCUGUAUCAGCUGCGGGAGUCGACGCUGGACCUGUUGGAGGAGUAUGGGUUUGAAUACGAUGCCUCCCUCACAGACCAUGACUGCCACCCGUUCUUCGCGCCGCGCAGACCCCCGCUCCAGACCAUCGACUUCUCCAAGCCCGCGUCCUCGUGGAUGAACCCCAUCGAACCCACGACGGCGGACCGGCGCCCCCUAGUCUGCGUGCCCUGUAACUGGUACAUGGAGGACAUGACGCCGAUGCAGUACCUGCCGCACACGCACAACUCGCACGGGUACACGGACGUGCGGGUGGUCGAGAACCUCUGGCGCGACCGGUUCCUGUGGAUCCGCGAGAACGAGGAAAACCCCGUAUUCCCAGUGCUGAUGCACCCGGACACGAGCGGGAUGGCGCAUGUUAUUGGAAUGAUGGAGCGACUGCUAGGGUGGCUGAAGGGGUGGGGAGACGAGGUGGAGUUUUGCCAAACGGGGGAGAUUGCACGGUGGUAUCGAGCUCAGCAGUAG